AUGGAUGGGGAGUUCCUACCGAAGCCUCCGGGACCUCUUCGUCGAGAAGCUCCUCCAAUGCCAACAAUUAUUGGCGUCACAAAGUACGAAUCUCUAAUUUUCCGUAAGAAAACCACCCUAAAUCAUCGGUUUUUAGUGUUUCUCGCAAAACAACGGGUAAAUCAGAAGACUCUCCGAUACUGCGAAGAAACCUUCGAGUCAAUGGCGAAAGCAUUGAAAGGAAAAAUGGAUGACAGCGAUAUCAUGACAUUGCAAACAUUCCGCGACAUGUACGGGAUAAAUGAUAUGAUGAAGAAGGACAAGAAAGCCCUGGGACUCGCGAUAGUGAAGAUAUCCAGCGAUGUGGUGAAUAAUGCGGCGACACAUAGCUAUUGCAUUAAAGCUGCGAGCAGUUCGGCCCCAUGUUGGAGAUAUGUCCUGGAGCAAUUCCAGCCCGCCCAGACCCGAAUAUUCAAUCCAUUCUUUCCAUUCAACGGUAAUAUACUGUACUUUAUGAAAUUUUUCAUCUUUUGAGACUUGUUUGACCUAUCUAGGCCGCUCUAAAAAUAUUUACGUCACUUUUUUCAAUUUGAUCUCAAGUGUAAUAUAAUAAUUUGCUUUCCAGGUGCCACCCACUGCACGGAUCUCAUCUAUCUCUUCGAUUUCAACUUUUUUCAAAACUUUUGGAUCAAAACCCCUGCGGAUCGCAAAAUGCAACACAUUUUUCCGACGUAUUUUACGAAUUUUGUCAAAUACGGAGAUCCCAAUAUUUGCACCAGCGACAAAAGUAGUAAUACUACAGAUUUGGUGUAUUGGGAGCCGAUAACCGCCGAGAAACCAGAGCGACAAAUGUUUUUGCGGGCCGAGCCUUUUAUGGGGGACAAUCCGGAUCGCAAAAGAUUGGAUCGGCUCUGUGUAAUGUGGAAUUAUUUCUGUGAAAAUUUGGGCUACGCCAUGAAUAAAUAG